UGUACGCAGGCCCCGCCCCCACCAUUCAUUUGUGUUUCUGUGUGUGGUCGUAGUAAGGCAUGCGCAGUACAGACGAGUAAAACGGACGGAAUUCAAAGUUUCUGACGAGCCCGUAAAGAUGUUCGGCUUCCAUAAAUCCAAGAUUUACCGCAGUAACGAGGGUUGUUGUAUUUGCAAAACCAAGUCAUCAAGUUCUCGGUUCACUGACAGCAGCAGAUAUGAGGAAAACUUCAGACUCUGCUUCGGUCUGGCAGAGGAUCGGGUUGGAGACAUCUGCAACGCUUGUGUGCUGCUGGUCAAACGCUGGAAGAAAUUACCGCAUGGAUCAAAGAAGAACUGGAAUCAUGUGGUUGAUGCCAGAGCAGGACCUGGAUUCAAGCUGACCAAACCCAAGAAAGUCAAAAAUAGUGAUGGAAAGAAGAAAAGUAAACUGAAGAAGCUUCAUAAGUUCAAAAGACAAAAUUCAGAUGCCCACAGCACCACAUCCAGUAUGUCUCCGUCUCAGUCUCCCAGCCACAGUAACCAAUCAGAUGACGGCUCAGACAUCGAGACCAAACAGAGACGUCCAACCCCGUCUGGGUUCUCCUUUCUCGACCUGUCCUACUGGAAGAGGCAGAAGGUGUGCUGUGGGAUUGUCUACAAGGGCCGUUUCGGUGAGGUGAUCAUCGAUCCUCGUCUCUUCAAGCCCUGCUGUAACAAGAAGCGUCCCGCUCUGGCAUCCUCCUCGGACUCUCAGCUCUCCCAAACACUUCCUUCCCCUCUCCCAGAGGUCAUGAAGGAGGCCUGGUGAUCCACCCAUCACACCCUCCUUGAGGCCCUCAUAGCUUUGUCUCCAGUGGUAGACUCUGAUAUCUUCCCUUUGUUAGAUAACUGUGUAUGAGUUGAGUUUUCCCAUUGCUUUUGUAUUAUUAUUUUUUUAUGCCUAUUUUGUAAAAUGCAAUUUUUGUACCUUUUUUUUAUGUUUUAUAUAUAACCGUAAAAGGAGAAAAAAUUGGGCAUUAGGACAUAUUUAUAGGUCUGAGUUAGGAAAUUUAAUGUAAUCCAUUUUUUUUAUUACUGUAAAUUUUUUUUGGGAGUUACCAGUGUUUUGUAAAUAUAAUCUUAUUUUCCAUUCCAGUGCACCAAAAGACUUCUAUUUGGCAUUUAGUUUCACGGGUUGAAGAUGAAUAAUGUAAAGUGCUAUAUAUAACAUUACAGCCAAGGCAUUAAUGAGAUGGGUGUACUUUUAACUUAAGCAAAUACAAUAUUUUACCUUGCAGUCUGCUCUGACUCGAGCUGUGAACUGUGCUCUGUUAAAUCACACACACAUGCAUUUACUGACAAGGUUUCUUUGGGCACAAUAUUCACAAUGUGAAUUUUGGACACAUGCUUGUAAAAUCUCAUUUAUUUCUGGUUUGGCAUAAAGAUGUUUCUCAAUAUUUAAAAUACGGUUACGGGUUUGUAAAUCUUUAAAACCAAGAUGCUAAAACGCAUUAUCUCAGAGUAUUUAAACGGUUAUCAUUUACACAAUGGCAUAUGAAAGCAUGCAUAAUGUAUUUGUAGGCAUGAUCCGUUUUAUGACUGUUGUUGGUGUUUUUUUUGUUUUUUUUUUUAUGUUAUGUUAUUGUAUGAGAGUGUUAUAAUACAGAAAGUAAGAGAUAUAACUGAUUGAUGAAUUUCCGACUGGCUUUACACUGUGUUUUUAACCACGUUUUCCAUGUCUCAAUAUUGUACACUAAAGGUAAUCGAAGAUGAAAUUGUACAGUCUUUCAGCCUUGAUAUAUUGACUGCAGCCUUUGUUUUUGUUUUGUUUUUAUUGUUACAGUUUGGAUUAAUCAAAAUGUUGUCGAUGUGACAGAAAAGCCUUUUUUUGGGCAGGGGGAAAUUGCUUUGGCUCUGAACUUUGAGCAAGAUUGUGGAGUUUAUGAAUUUGGUUAGGUUAUUAUUUGAAUGAAUGUUUAUUUUUAUUCACCAGCAAUACUUUGAGUCAACUUUAGUGUUGACUUGAUGCUCUCGUUCUCAAAAUGCACGAGAGCGAAUACAAGAUGUCGAUAAAUUUCAGGGAAAAAUGUUUUUUUGACUAUUAAUGUGGCACAUUCUCAGUCAAUGUGCCUUACCAGAGAUUUAGCUGAUCAUUUCAUUACGUUCAUUUGUCAUUUUUAACUUAUGCUAUUUAUUCAAAGCUGUCUGUACAAUUAAUGCUGUAAAGAAGUUUUUGUGCACUUUCUUUUUUUAUACUUUUUGUAAUAUUACCAUUGAUAAAAUUUUGUAUCUCAAUUUUCCUCACAUUGGUAUUUUCAUAAAACUUUUAAAGUAAA